GCGUGUUGACAGCGGCGGCGGCGGCGGAACCCAGCGGCGGCGGGAGUCGGCGCCUCUGGUUCCUGCCCCUGGUCCCAAGGCGGUGGCGGACGGGCGUCCCGGGAUGGCCUUCAUGGAGAAGCCGCCGGCCGGCAAGGUGCUGCUGGACGACACGGUGCCGCUGACAGCAGCCAUUGAGGCGAGCCAGAGCCUGCAGUCCCACACGGAAUAUAUCAUUCGAGUGCAAAGAGGAAUUUCUGUAGAAAAUAGCUGGCAGAUUGUUAGGAGAUACAGUGACUUUGAUUUGCUGAACAACAGCUUGCAGAUUACAGGCCUAAGUCUACCUCUUCCUCCCAAAAAAUUGAUUGGUAACAUGGAUCGGGAAUUCAUAGCUGAGAGGCAGAAAGGUCUUCAGAACUAUCUCAACGUUAUCACCACCAAUCAUAUCUUGUCUAAUUGUGAGCUGGUUAAGAAGUUUUUAGACCCAAACAACUAUUCUGCAAACUACACUGAGAUUGCCUUACAGCAGGUUUCCAUGUUCUUCAGAUCAGAACCAAAGUGGGAGGUGGUAGAACCAUUGAAAGACAUAGGUUGGAGGAUAAGGAAGAAAUAUUUCUUGAUGAAGAUUAAAAAUCAGCCAAAGGAACGGCUAGUGUUAAGCUGGGCUGACCUUGGUCCUGACAAGUAUCUGUCAGAUAAAGAUUUUCAGUGUCUAAUCAAGCUUCUGCCUUCCUGUUUGCAUCCUUACAUCUUUCGUGUUACCUUUGCCACAGCUAACGAAUCCUCGGCAUUGUUAAUUAGGAUGUUUAAUGAAAAAGGAACUUUGAAGGACCUGAUCUACAAGGCAAAACCAAAAGACCCAUUCCUAAGGAAGUACUGUAACCCUAAGAAGAUUCAAGGCCUUGAACUCCAGCAAAUAAAAACAUAUGGGCGGCAAAUAUUAGAGGUACUAAAGUUUCUCCAUGACAAAGGGUUCCCUUAUGGGCAUCUUCAUGCCUCCAAUGUGGUGCUAGAAGGAGACACUUGCCGGCUGCUAGACCUUGAGAAUUCCUUGUUGGGCCUCCCUUCCUUCUACCGAUCCUAUUUCUCACAAUUCAGGAAAAUCAAUACACUGGAGAGUGUGGACGUCCACUGCUUCGGCCACUUACUGUAUGAAAUGACUUACGGACGACCGCCAGACUCGGUGCCUGUAGACUCCUUCCCGCCUGCACCAUCUAUGGCUGUGGUGGCCGUGUUGGAGUCUACGCUGUCUUGUGAAGCCUGUAAAAAUGGCAUGCCUACCGUCUCCCGGCUCUUACAGAUGCCAUUAUUCAGUGAUGUUCUUCUAACCACUUCUGAAAAGCCACAGUUUAAGAUCCCCACAAAGUUAAAAGAGGCAUUGAGAAUUGCCAAAGAGUGUAUAGAAAAGAGACUAAUUGAAGAACAGAAACAGAUCCACCAGCACCGGAGACUGACAAGAGCUCAGUCUCACCACGGAUCUGAAGAAGAAAGAAAAAAGAGGAAGAUUUUAGCUCGAAAGAAGUCAAAACGAUCUGCAUUUGAAAAUAGUGAAGAACAUUCAGCAAAAUACAGCAACUCCAAUAAUUCAGCAGGAUCUGGGGCCAGCUCACCUCUUACAUCCCCGUCAUCGCCAACACCACCCUCUACAGCAGGGAUGUCCGCAUUACCUCCACCUCCUCCACCUCCACCACCAGCAGCUCCCUUGCCUCCUGUGAGCACUGAGGCACCCACACGACUUCCGCCUCAGGCUGUGAAUGGCGUGGGCCGAGGGGCCUUACUCAGCUCUAUCCAGAAUUUCCAAAAAGGAACUUUGAGGAAAGCCGAAACCUGUGAUCACAGCGCGCCUAAGAUCGGCUAAAACUUGUUUACACUUGGAGGGAAAAGUUCUUUUUUUUCCCUUCCACCUCAAACCCCUAAAGUACCCUCUUUCUGGAUGAAUAAUUGCUGAGCCAGUACAGCCACACAUGAUUGUGCAGAUGCUCAUGUAAGGGGCUUUUCAAGAAGGAAGUGUUCUUCAAGUAGAAUAAAGUCGGGCUGGCAAUGCUGCCUUAAGAAA